AUGAACCCAGAGAAUGAUAUGGUGCUGGUUAUGACCCUCCUCAGCAUUGUGACCCUGAUCACUGCCUUACUGAACAUUUCAGUCAUACUUGCGAUCAUGAACACCAAAAAACUCCACAUACCCGCCAACUACCUGAUCUGUUCUUUGGCUGUCACUGACUUCCUGGUGGCCAUCUUGGUGAUGCCCCUAAGCGUCCUCUACAUCGCCACAAAGAGGUGGAUGUUGGGAUAUGUAGUCUGUGAGGCGUGGCUGAGCGUGGACAUGAUCUGCUGCACCUGCUCCAUCCUGCAUCUAUGUGCCAUCGCCCUGGACCGCCACUGGGCCAUCACCAACGCCCUGGAGUACGCCUGCAAGAGAUCCCCGCGCCGCGCUGCCAUCAUGGUCACCAUCGUGUGGACCAUCUCCAUCCUCAUCUCAGUGCCGCCUCUGUUCUGGAGGCACAGCGGGGAUGACAACUUCGGUAACUACACCAAGUGUAUCAUCGAGCAUGACCACAUUGGCUACACCAUCUACUCCACCUUCGGGGCCUUCUACAUCCCCAUGGCCCUCAUUCUCAUCCUCUACUACAGGAUCUUCAUUGCUGCCCGGACCUUGUACCACAAACGGAGCUCCUCUGGGAGCCUGUGUAAGAGGAGAGCUAGCAGCCACAAAUGCCUCAGUAGCUGCCGCAUCGCACCAACGUCUCUCUGUGCGUCUGAGCUGUCUACCUCGGAUCCCGUGCUAAACACAGAGCUGAAUAGAGUCAAUGAUCCCACCGGCCCAAGCCAGGUAGCGGGGAACUGGAGGACUUGUGAUGAGAGGACCCAGAUCUGUGCCUCCAGAGAGAGGAAGGCUGCCCGCACACUGGGCCUCAUCCUGGGGGCUUUUACCCUAUGCUGGCUGCCUUUCUUUGUUAAAGAGUUGCUGGUGGGCAUCCAGGUGUUUCAUGCCUCAGCACAGGUGUCGGACUUCCUCACGUGGCUGGGAUAUGUUAAUUCACUCAUCAACCCCCUGCUCUACACCAGCUUCAAUGAGGACUUCAAAAAGGCUUUUAAGAAACUGCUCCGAUGUAACAAGCGCAAAUAG